CGAGAAGGAAACCUGCAAAACUUAAAGCACAUCUUAUAAAUGAAUGUUUGCAAUGUUUAGAAGAUAUAAAUAAAUUUUGGCGAAUUAAAUUUGCUUCAGAAAAAACUGCUUAUACACAUUCACCAAAAGUUUCAACUUUUCAACUAUCACUUAAACAACAAACUAUUAUGGAGCAUUUUGGAUCUGAUAAGGAAUUGCCAUUUGCAAUUACAAAACAGAUUGAUCGUUUUUUACUUAAAGCAUAG